AAGUUGGAUUCCGAGAGCGCUCGGAGGUUGUGACAUGAAUCGUCCAAUAGCUGACCAACCCUUUUGCGUCGCUAAGACUCUGGGCUGAAAAAGCUAAACAGAUCCAUAGUGUUUUCAAGGGUGUCACCAUGUCCGAUGCCUCUAUGCUCCGUAUUGUUUCGGGAGAGUAUGAUCGUGAAGAACGUUAGGAGAGAGAGUUUGGUGGUUUGGUCAAGGCCACCUAGUGAUCAAUAGAAACACCAGAGGGUAGGUCUGGUAUAAAACACACAACACAGCCCGAUCAUGACGAGAUGUGAUGUUCAUUGAUCAUUGAGAACUCACUCACCUACGAUUACAACUCCGAAAUCGACCACUCUGAGGAACACCGUACGCUACUCACCCCAAACGAUCUAGGCACAAUGAACAACACCUCUUCCGCUACAAGCAACAACCGUAAGGUGGUGCGCAUAGGCGUCUUCAUCCCCUACGGCGCCCAGCUGCUCGACACAGCAUGCAUCGACAUCCUUGCCUCCAUGAGCAGAGAGUACUUCUCCAUGGUGGGGGAGGGCAUGGUUCCCCCGGGUAUCUACAAGUUGGCGCCUAGUGUUGAGAUAUUCUACAUCAGCAAAGUCCCCCCCAGCAGCCACCCAAUCCCGCUAACCGCCUCCAUGAACAUCCUCUGCACGCAUCACUUCUCCAGUCCAGAAGUGGCACCGGGAAAGCUUGACAUCGUCUUGGUUCCGGGACCGGAUCCUAAGCUUGACUUCGAAGAGGACCCAGCCGCUCUGUCGUGGCUAGCAGGGCAUGCGAACAACACCAGCAACAACGAGACGAAAACGACAGACAUCCUGAGCGUCUGCUCAGGCAUCUACCUCUGCGGUGCGGCCGGGAUCCUCAAAGGCAAGAAAGCCUGUGGACCGCGAGGGCUACAGGGAGAUCUGCGGACGAGAUUCGAGGACCAGGAGGUUAUUUGGGUGGGGGAGGAGUUGAGGUGGGUGGGGGAUGGGAAUCUUUGGUCUAGUGGAGGCGUAACGAACGGUAAUGAUCUCGUUGCGGCUUACGCGAGGCAGAGCCGUCACUUCCCGGGCCCAGUGGCUGAGUUGGGAUUGAAGUUCGUUGAGGUGGAUGAGAGGCCGCAGAGGUAUGAGGAUUGA